UCAACGCGCAUUUAUCUGUCACGACUAGAGUAGGAGAACCCCGCCGUCAGUGGUGUGUGUAAAUCUACUCCUUCCAGACGUUUCAAAACGACUCGACUAAAUCUCUCCUCCCCUGUCCAAAUAAAUAAAUCACCGUUGAGUACAAAAAAUUGAAUUUCAUCAGUGAACAGUAAAAAAAAAUCGCCAGUUUUCGGGAAUUUCGUGUGAGGUUAAGUCCAGGUGGACUCGUCUCGUCUGAUCUCCAGUUAGCCAAUCUCAAUAACAACAAUAACAACGAAACGAAAAUAAAUAGUUGAAAAAAGUGACUCGACUCGGACGAUAUUUCGUUUCAAUUCAAUUUUUUUUUUCAGUGGCUUUUUUAUUAUUUUUAGUUAUUCGGCGAGAAUCAUGCGAUGAUGUUCCUUGUGUAACAGAGUAAGAUUUCUCUUGGGUUGUUGUUGUUAUUCGUCACUGGUCAUAUCUCUGCUAUAAAAAGGAAAGUGCAAAAUUUCUCUUGGGUGAAGUGGGGAGCAAGGAUUUGGGGUUAUUUUUUGGGUUAUUUUUGGAAGAACAUGUUUGGGUGGAAAAGUACCAGCUACUUUGGACUUUUGGUUGUGUUUGCGGUUGUUAUAGAUUGCUAUGGAAAAGUGGGAAAACCGUGUCACAUUGACACGGUGGGUUCACCGGACACCUGUGGUGAGAACGAGAGGUGUGUGCAAAGUACAACACUGAAUAGUACAGCAAAAUGCGAGUGUCUAAGAGGCUUCAACGUAGUAUCUGGUGAAUGCGUUGUUAUUUCAACAACAGCUGCCGCCUCUACAGACUCUACAGAUCACAUAAAUGAGCCCGAAUCUUCAGGCAGUUCUGUAGCAGUUGGAUUACUAGUCCCAACAUUUCUACUUCUCUUUGGUGGCCUUGGAUUCUGUAUUAUCAGACGGUACAGAUUACUCCCCUGUCGUCGAAAUCUAUAUGGAAAUGUGUUGGUAACACGAGAGGAGGACGACGACGAUGAUCCGCCAAUCGCCUAAGAAAAUAAUUACAAUGAAAAAUCCUAAAGAACAGAUAAAGAAAAGACUGAGAAAUUUUCACAUUGAACAAAAAAGUCUCCAUUGUCAUCGAGAAUUGAAGUAAAACAAUGAUAUUUUAAUUUUUUAAUCUUAAACAGUUAAUUCAAGGGAAUAGAAAGUUCAGCCAUUUUCGCAUUCCCUUGGUUAUCAAAAUUACUGUUUUUUUAAAUUCUUGUUUUUCAACUCGGGAGAAGGAUACCUCUGUUUAUUUGUUAGAUGUUGAGAAAAAAACAGUAAUGACGAGGCCAAAUGUGUAAAGAAGCGAUUAAACGCUUAAAUACAUAUAUUUAUAUCUAUACAUGAUAUUACACGAAAUGAAAAAAACGAAUCGAGUGAUUACAGAUAAAUAUAAGAUACAUUUAAGGCGACACUACUAUGAGUUUUUAAAUUCGCGGGCUAUUGGAGUGAGAUUUAUCAUGCAUUGAAGAUCGAUUAUAUAUGUCUAAAAAUGAAUAAUUAGUGCAAAAAAAUUAAUUGUUUGUUGUUCAUAUGUCCCGCAGACGCCUGAAGUGUUCAGAAUAGUCCAGGGAUUCUAAUUUUUGAGUUUCCGAGGUUUUUUGACCUGGAUACGUCUAUGGUUUCAAUAUGGGGGGUCAUUUUAGGAAACGGUCCUUAUGUGCAGCGCCAUCUAUUGGAA